AUGGAAUAUUGUGAAGAAGGAGAUUUAUCGUUUCACAUAAAAUAAUAAGCUAAAGAAAAUAUUUUUUUUUCCGAAAAGAUAAUAUUGAAUUGGUUUGUAUAAAUAACACUUGCACUUGAUUAUAUCCAUGAAAAAAAUAUUCUCCAUAGAGAUUUGAAAUCAUCGAAUGUAUUUUUAACAAGAACAGGUUGUGUAAAAAUAGGUGAUUUUGGAAUUUCAAGAAUAUUAUUUGAUCCUUAAGAAAAAGUUAAAACAAUGAUAGGAACUCCUUAAUAUUUAUCACCUGAAGUAUUUUUAAAUAGCCCUUAUGCUUAUUAUUCAGAUAUAUGGUCUUUAGGUUGUUUAUUAUAUGAAAUGUGCAGUUUAAAAAAACCGUUUGAUUCUUCUAAUGUAAUGACUUUAGCAAACAAAAUUAUUAAUGAUCCUGUGCCAAAGAUACCAAAAAUAUUUUCAAAUAAUCUAAAUUUUGUAGUAUAUUUUGAUGUACUUCCUCAAAGAGAGGAUUUUAGUAUAGAAGAAAAUACUGAAAAUGAAUAUUAAGAAGAUUUCGAAGUUAGUUCUGAAGAAAAUAAUUAAAAUGAAUAAAAAGAUCCUUUCAUGCUUACAAAAAUUGAAGAAAUAACUGGAGAAUUUUCUAUAGGAGAAUCUUGA